AUGCCACUCUUCCUGCCAGUUGAUAACUUCCUCCUCCGAUGGCUGACCAUGGUGGGCUUUGCAGUGGGAAAGGCUCCGUUGCUGAGAUGUCUAUCCCGCCACUUGUGCCUCUCGGAGGACCCUUUGUGGGGCUGCGUUUUUGGCUCAGAAAAGUGCACCAUCAGCAGUUUCCCAUGCAUGGUUAUUACCGUCUACCACAUUGUAACUAUCCCCUCCCCUCUAGAUGUUAAGGUUCGCUUCCAUGUAUGAGGCUAUGAACAGUAUAAUUCCACCUACCCCUGCAAAGAAAAAUGCAUCACCUGGUAUAAGGCUGACUGCUGCCAGUACGAUUUCUGCAACUCCUGGUCCAGUACCCAGCUCUAGAGCACUCUGCCUGGGCCCCUGUCUGGUUCCCAGACAGAUGGGUUCUACCAGGCCCUGAGCCUCUCCUUGUCCCUGCCUGGCUUCCAUGCUCAUAAGGCGCCUGAGAGCCCAGACCCGUUCACCCCGCUCCUGUAGCUGGGUGUGUCCAUAGCCAUCCUGCACCAAAUGUGCUUGUUCCUCAACAGUUCAGGACUUCCUGUUCUUCCUCAGACAAGACCCGGACAUGCCUUCUCUGUAUCCCCAGGAUGGCACCUGGGUCCGAGUGCUGGCUUGUCUUUCCUCCUGUCCAAGAACCUUGAGUAUGGCUUCUGCUCGGGCUGA